GGGUGGCGGCUGCGCGGCGGUGGGGAGGUCUGUCGGUUCCCGGCGCGCGCUGCUUCCCUCCGCGAGGCGGGGGGAGCGGCGAGGACGGCGAUGGCGAAGACCGUGGCCUAUUUCUAUGACCCGGAUGUCGGCAACUUUCACUAUGGUGCGUCGGGGGUAUGUGGAAGGAAAGGGGCUGGACAUCCAAUGAAGCCCCAUCGCCUGGCCCUGACCCACAGUCUGGUGCUGCACUACGGACUCUACAAGAAGAUGAUUGUAUUUAAACCAUACCAAGCAUCCCAGCAUGAUAUGUGUCGUUUUCACUCAGAAGAUUACAUUGAUUUCCUUCAGAGGGUGAGUCCAACCAACAUGCAAGGAUUUACCAAGAGCCUCAAUGCUUUCAAUGUGGGGGAUGACUGUCCAGUCUUCCCAGGGCUGUUUGAAUUUUGCUCUCGCUACACUGGGGCCUCCUUGCAAGGAGCAACGCAGCUGAACAAUAAGAUUUGUGAUAUUGCGAUAAACUGGGCAGGAGGCCUGCACCAUGCAAAGAAAUUUGAGGCCUCUGGUUUUUGUUAUGUCAACGACAUCGUUAUUGGCAUUUUGGAGCUUCUCAAGUAUCACCCGCGCGUCCUUUACAUUGAUAUUGAUAUUCAUCACGGAGACGGCGUUCAAGAGGCUUUUUAUCUGACAGAUCGGGUCAUGACAGUGUCUUUUCAUAAAUAUGGAAACUACUUCUUCCCUGGUACAGGUGACAUGUAUGAAGUCGGGGCGGAGAGUGGCCGUUAUUACUGCCUGAAUGUGCCUUUGCGUGAUGGAAUCGAUGACCAAAGUUACAAACACCUUUUCCAGCCAGUAAUUAAUCAAGUAAUAGACUUCUACCAGCCCACCUGCAUUGUGCUACAGUGUGGUGCUGAUUCACUUGGUUGUGACCGUCUGGGUUGCUUUAACCUCAGUAUCAGAGGACAUGGUGAGUGCGUGGAAUACGUCAAGAGUUUCAACAUCCCCCUGCUGGUGUUAGGAGGAGGCGGCUACACGGUUCGCAAUGUGGCCCGGUGCUGGACCUAUGAGACAUCACUGCUUGUGGAUGAAGCCAUUAGUGAGGAGCUCCCAUACAGCGAAUACUUUGAAUACUUUGCUCCUGACUUUACCCUUCACCCCGAUGUCAGCACUAGAAUUGAAAAUCAGAACUCGAGGCAGUACUUAGAUCAAAUCCGGCAGACUAUCUUUGAGAACCUGAAGAUGCUGAACCAUGCCCCGAGUGUCCAGAUCCACGAUGUCCCUUCUGAUCUGCUGAGUUAUGACCGCACAGAUGAGCCUGAUCCAGAAGAGCGGGGCUCGGAGGAGAACUAUAGCAGGCCGGAGGCUUCCAACGAGUUCUACGACGGCGACCACGAUAACGAUAAAGAAAGCGACGUGGAGAUAUGAGUCCCGAAUCGUAGGAGUUUUUGGACUGUGUCAGGUUUCCUGCCUGGAUGCGAGUGCUCGAAGGGAGCAGCACCUCCGCCCUUCCUUUCCGCUGGUCGCUUAAAAGUGAUGGCAGCAGCGCUGCUGAAGCAUGCGAGGACUUGCACACAAAAGGCAGUGAGAUCCCCCCACCCUGCCUUCGCAGCCCUGAUUUCCCAUGGGCUUGUGCCUCUGCCACUGCUGGAGGGGAACAUAAAUUCCUCAGAACUGUCGGGCCGUGGCUGCUCUGUGGUUAAGUUCAGGACUUGCUAUGCCAUGACAUCCUCCCUCCGUGCAGACAUUUCAAGGAGGACAUCUCUGUCUUCGGCAGUUGCCUCUUUUAUUGUGGCGUGGGCUUUUCAUGUACGCAUGCUUCAGCUGAGGCAGCAGACCCGUAACACACACACACACACACAAAAAUACAGUGGAAGUUGUUUCCCUGCCAGGUUUCCAGCCAGGGAGUAUUCUGUUGGAGUAACGCAUUCCAAAAAGAGAACCAGGACAUUGGGAGAAUAAUCUGCUGGGCCCUUAGUGAACAUAGGAAGAGUUAAUUUGAGGUCCAGUCCAAGAGCGCGAGCUCAUUCAAUACAUAGCUUUCAUCCUGGAUGUUCUUUCUUACAGCUUUUCCUUCCCCUCCUGCAAAAAAAAGCUCAGAGAAAUAUUUAUCCAGAUUGAUGGGGGGCAAAUCAGGCUAGGAUAAGAUUCCCCCCCCCCUUUUUAAAUUUUUUAUUCAUUGUCACGUUGUGGACCUGGGUGUCAGCCUGGUACCCAAACCCAUUUUCGAUAGAGGAUUUAAUUCUGCAUGGAUAGCAGGCUUUCGUGCCUUGAGCACACCGUGGCUUUUAUUGGUAACUCCCAGUGACUCCACAAGAGCAGUCCACUCAUCUUUACUUCUAUCAAGGGGCAGGUUGUGACAGAGAACACACUCGGUUGUGGGGAUGUUGGCUCUGCUGUGUUUGUUCUCCUGUUUCGUACAGUUGCACUUCUCCCAUCUGUGAAUUUCUUCAACAGAGGGGCGAGUUACUUCCGCAUCUAGGGUGUGUGAUGUGUCCCACUUUCACAACAUGGCCUUUUAGUGAGAGCCUGCAAUAUCUCCCUGGGUUAAUGGCAAAGGGAAACCCAUUUUUCCCCUUUGCAAAGGUUGAUGGAGCAAACAUGGGCGUCUCGUUGGCUAUGCACUGUGUGAGCUGCCAUGGGCGUCUCGUUGGCUAUGCACUGUGUGAGCUGCCAAUGCCUGUCCAUCUGGGUUGGGAGGGUGUCAUUGACAUUGCUGUGGCAGAGCAUCAGAUGACCUUUUGUUCCUUGUACUUGUAUUUUUACCAGUGUCUCAAAAUAUUAAACCACAGGAUGGUAUUUUUUUUCUUA